AUUUUUUUUAUCAUAUUUACGUCCAGGUGUCCCAAAACUGUAGAAAACUUCUCAACCCACAGCGAGAAUGGUUACUACAACACGCACAUUUUCCACCGUGUUAUUCAUCAGUUUAUGAUACAAACUGGUGAUCCAGAAGGUAAGAAACGAGUUAACCCUUUAACUCCCGUGAGUGACUAGGACAGAAUUUCUCCUUACAAUAUUAAUAAAAUAUCAACCAGAUGAGUGAUGAGAAUAAAGAAAAAAUAUCACUUUGGGAAUAAUAAGUUGAUCCAAUACUAAAUUCUCUGAACCAACAGUAUGAGAAUUGUAUGGUUGACAGUAAGGAGUAUCACAAAUUUCAUCUGGGAGUUAAAGGGUUAGUCUCCAUUUCCUCUCAAGCAACAAAAACUUGACCGAGACUUUUAUCGAGGAAAUUUGCAAGGGGUACAAUUUCCCUGAAUGUCAAUACAGUUCCUUGAGUAGUGUCCUUUUCAAGUUACUUGAGCCAAUUUUAUCUCGGUUUCCCCGCAGCCAUGUGAUUCUUUUUGCCUCCUUGUUUCCCGUUUCUGCUCAAAGAUCUCAGUGGUGAUUCUCCUUACUCACCAAAUUAUAUUUCUCAGCUUUAGUUCUGAGAUUUUUGUCUUGAAUCAUGAAGUAUCCCAUGGUUGAUAUUUUUCUUUAUUCUCAUGACUUUUCUACUUAAUAGUGUACGGAAACUGCAAGGAGAAAUCAUUUAUUGGUCAGUUUUGUGAGUUAUAGGUUUAAAACUGGCAUGUUAGCCUUUGGACAGUGGAACUUCAUUGAGGAAAAAAAAGACACCUUUUCCAUCCAAAUCACGAUUUAACUUUUUUCGAGAAAUCUGCAAGACUACAACUAUAUGAUUUUAUUUUUCUGUAAAUCAGGUGAUGGCACUGGAGGGGAAUCUAUCUGGGGUGGUGAGUUUGAAGACGAGUUUCAUAGAAACUUGCGACACGAUCGACCAUUUACAGUAAGCAUGGCUAAUGCAGGACCGAACACAAACGGCUCGCAGUUCUUCAUCACUGUUGUACCAACGGUAAGUACACCAGUGAGAAAACGGAGUUUGAAAUCGUUCUUCAGACAAUGGUGCGUUCAAAGAAAAGGGGACGACAGAUUUUUCACUUAAAACGUUUGCAAUUUAUUUCACCCAUUCAGUUAAGGUUUUCUUUAACUUUGAAUUUCAAGGGACAGUAGCCUGCCACGGAGGGGGUAGAGUUUGACACGAGAACAACCAUUACAAUUUCAAAAAAAAAUUUAGAAAGCUGAUACUGUGAAGAUGAUAUAUGGGUACGCGUUGUAAGAGCUUCUGUGAGGCGGGGAAGCGCGUAACCUUGAAAUUUCCUAACCUAUCGUAUAUGGGCCUAUACCCAGUGUAGCUCUUUUGACCUUUUGAUUGGUCGAGAACACUCGCCUCAUCUUUUACCCAACCAAUCAGAUGCUAAACAAAAAUCAAGUCCGACGUGGUAUCCCUCGUUUUCCCGCGCUUUAGGCCGUUCGCCUGUUCUGAUUGGCUGUUGUGACAACCUCGGUUUUAACACCUUUCUUUUCAAGUACUUUGCACCACUGACUGACAAGAAGUUAAUUCGUUUCUUCGUUUCUUCUUGUCACAACAGCCCUGGCUUGACAACAAGCACACUGUGUUCGGCCGCGUCGUUAAAGGAAUGGACGUGGUGCAAGAGAUUAGUAAGGUGAAAACAAAUCCUAAGGACGAUAAACCGUACGACGACAUCAAGAUUAUCAACGUUUCUUUGAAAGGCUAA